AGCCAGUGUUACCUCCGGACACUCUGGGAGGAGCUAUUUGGAGAUAGGCCUGAUAAGCUUAUUUUGUAAAUAGUUUUUGACGUUAUUUGUAUUUAUUCCGUCGAAUUUUAUACUGCAUGUACAUUUAUCAUUAAAUUGUUGUACGUGUUGUUUAAGUGUAUGACCUUGGACACACUUUCUUCCGUCGUGUUACAUUCAUAGCUUGACACAUUGUUAACUGCUAACAAAUACACUGCUAUACACACACGUCUUGUUCUUCAUUCGCACGUGAUUGUAUUAACUGAACUCUAAAUCAAAUGCUGUCUACAUUUAUAGACUAUAAUCGGAAUAUAUCAUAUUCUACAUUUGGUUAUACCACUCGGAGGACAACAACCUUACUGAAAUCUUCAAUCAUCUAUAAUUGUGGAAUUUGGUACCAGACUCAAUCAGAACACACACAAACCUGCUGAAUUAACCCUGAGAAGAGGUGGUUGUGCAUGGAGUCACCGAACAUCCUCAUAUCAAAAGCGUGGAGUAGGACUCAUAUCAUCAAUGAGCUGUAUACCCAGUCUUUCGUCACUAGACUAGUUUCACGGCAUCUUCAGCAAUUUACUAGUUAGUUAUGUUAGAUCCAGUGAUUAGGAACUACAAGACUUUUUAAUGAAUGUAUGAAUAUGUUGCAAAGUUUGUUCAUUAUAAAUCAGUCGAAUGAAAUAUGUUUAGAAAAACACUGGACAAAAAACAUUUCAAAGACAGUUUACGAUACCUUUUUUGAUGCCGUCACAAAAUAUGCAGCAGGUGAUGUGCCACCCGUUCUAGAAACUCCAAGCAAUUCACUCAUUCAUAUUUUGCGCAACAAUUUAUAUUUUCUAGCUGUGUGUGUUAAUGAGCUACCUCCCUUACUCGUGAUUGAGUUUUUAGAUUGCGUUCAUUCAAUAAUCGAAGAUUAUUUUGGCUCCGUUACUGAAACAUCAAUCAAAGAAAAUGUAGUUUCAAUAUACGAGAUUUUAGAUGAAAUGCUUGAUGGUGGUUUCCCACUGGCCACCGAAUCUAAUAUUCUAAAAGAAAUUGUGCGUCCUCCCAACUUCCUUCAAUCACUAACAGAUGCGGUUACUGGAAAAAACACGAUUAUUGGGUCCACACUCCCUACAAACCAGUUAUCGAAUAUACGUUGGAGACGUUCUGGUGUGAACUACACUAGCAAUGAAACGUAUUUCGACCUGAUUGAAAAGAUAGACGCGAUUAUCGAUCGUUCUGGUUAUGUAAUUUCCAAGGAGAUUCACGGAUCAAUUAAAAAUUGACAUGUGUUCAAUCAGACUCACACAGAAAAUUACAUGGUGGAUCAAGUGUCUAAAUUACAGUGAGCAGAUUAAUACAACGCAAACCAAUAUAUAAAUCAAUAUAGUUCCGACUAGAAUUGUCGUGGUUGCUCGUGCUUCUGGCUGCUUGCGGAAUAUAUUUUCCCGUUUCGAACUUAAACUUCUCUCUCUAGUCGGCGGGGCUGGGACGCAUCAGAAUAUCUAGCUUAUUGGUCUUUGGUCACAGAGUCUUUGUUCCGUUCUCAGACUAUGUGAACUCGUAAUCGCUUCAAACAUAGCAGAUUCCAUCGCAAUCCCAAUAGGACUCAUUAAAUCUGAAUUACAUAUUAAAAAGUGUAUUGGGAAUCGCUCUUGUUAGAUAUUUUUAACCAUAGAUGUUGAUGCUUAUAUUCUUCUUUAUCGCUCGGUUGCGUUAUCACUGUAAUUAUAUUAGCAGAAGAAUAUCUGUGGUCCUCAUUUUAGCUGAACAGUUUUAAUCUUAAUGAAUAUUUGAAUGAGUAUACUUGAAUGGUUUUAUUACUUCCCCUACCUUCUUUUUUAUUGUACAUUGGGAAGUCUAUAAAUGUAGUUUGACUAGUCUUAAGUGUAUCUCUGUAGUUAGUAUACUUUCUUACUAUAUGCAUCCGUAUGUUAUUUAUUUGAAAUGUGUAUGGGCUGUCGCAUUCAGUUAUCGUACACAAGAUGAAUGCUAUUUGUAAGUAGUAUCCAGACAAAUACUUAAUCAUAUUUUUCAUCGUUCGCUAAUAGGUUGAAUGUCUAAUUAAAUUAUCCGGAACUCCAGAUAUAACACUGGCUUUCACAAAUCAUCGGCUGAUUGAUGAUGCCAAUCUUCAUCCUUGUAUUCGCUUCUCACGCUGGAAGAGAGAAAGAAUCCUAUCGUUUAUACCGCCUGAUGGAAAGUUUUGUUUGUUCAAUUAUCAUGUAAGCUCAUUAAGCCCUGUAUCACUUCCUAUCAUACUAAGACAUAAUGUUCUUCUCCGUGAACGUGGAGGUCGUUUAGAUGUAGUGGUAGUACCAAAAACAAUGGGUAAACCUGUAAGUAAAAACCUUCAUGUAGAGUUAUGUAAAAAGUAAUAAUCUCAUAUCACAUUUUUUUAAUCAGACGUGUUAGUUGUCUUUCUGUUUCGAAAAAAAAUGUUACACAAAUCAUUCUAAAUAUACACUUAUGCACUCAGAUAUCUGCUCCAACCGACCACUGAGUAGUAAUUAAUUUUUAUACUUAUCCAAUCUCUUGCGCUGAUUAAAUUCUAUCAAUUAAGUUCUGAUAUUGAUACUAGCCUAAAUGACCUGACAUCGUGUGCACUAUUUGUUAAUAAUAAGUGAUUUGAAGUAACUAGAUGAUCGGGAGUGUCGUCUCCGGAAGAGUUAUUUAUUUCCUCGUAAAAAUCUGAUAAAAGACGUUAAAAUCAAGUUAUAUUUCAUUGUACUUGGAGCUGAUAUAGAUGAUCUUUUUGACUUUAUUAUAACGUCAACUGUAAUCAGUGUUAUUCUUGUAAAACAAUCAUAACCUGCAGUUUUAAAUUUGAUAAUCGGUUCAGUAAAUCAUUUGACUUUUUUUUCACUAUCAAAUAAUUAACUGAUUAAUAUAGAGAGAAUAAUGGUAGCGUAAUUAAAACAAAAAAUCAAAGUUUUGCCGUCAGCAACAUAUUCAUGAGAAUUAAUAACUGUGUACAAGUUUAUAUACUAAAUUGUAAGCUUUAUCGUCUGGUAAAAGCUGAUUAGAUUAGAACUUUAACAUGCUUAAACUGUUGACUAAAUAAUUAAAAAACUUUCAGCCAAUUUACAGAGCGAAAAAGGAUUAUACAAGAGUAUUUACUUUAUAUUCGAAUUAUAUAUUAUUCAUGCUGAUUUCCCACCUCUUACAGGUUGAAAAUGUAAAACUUACCAUCCAGUUACCACCAGAAGUUUUAAAUAUCACAGCAUCUCCAAGUGUUGGACGAACUAGUUUUGAUGUAACAACAAAAUUGUUUCAAUGGGAUAUUGGUCGAAUUGAAACAAAAUCUCCAAAUCCUUCAAUGAAAAGUAGCGUGAGUUUUACUUAAUUUCCUAAUGUUUUCAUUUGUCUAGUUUGCAGUAAAAGUGCAUAUAUUUGAAAAUUCAUUAUCCACUAUGACUACUGUCUUUGAAUAGUUUGAUCAAGUAUUAAAGUUUAAACCUUGCGUUGAUUUUUAUCAAAUUAAAUUAAGAUGUUAUGCCCUGGUACGGCCGAGAGUGGAGAGACUCCGCUCUCCCUCUCGAAAUGCUCUCACAUGGCCACGCGUAUAUAGCCUCUGCCAGGGAAGUCCUACUCACUGCCUUCUCGUGGAGGGGGUGUUGUUUACGAAAAUGAGAGGACGAAAAGCGAAUGUCCGGCGCUUUAACCGAAUUCCAAACCAAUGGUGCACAUGGGCUCCAGUAUCCUUCGGGAAUAAAUGUCGUAUGAACCAAUCGUUGGUCUCCGGCUUCCAUGGGACUCCAUCUCCCUACGAUGCUCCACUGCCUUGUGGAUCAGUCCUUCAGGUCGAAGGCUCCGGGUGUGGCCUUCUAAGAAAACCACCUCCUUCGCUUUGGGCACCCGGGCAGUAUCACAUCCCUCUCACAAAUCAAAUGGGAUUUGUGUGGCGCAUAUGUAUUUGGUGCCUCCCUGUACCAAUAUCUAUGUGUUAAAAAUAAUACUUAAUGAAUAAAUGUUGUUUUAUGUAACAUUAAGAAUUACUUUAACAGUAAAUUCACAUGACAUAUUGAGUAAAGAUUGGUAUUAUUUAUGGAAAUUGGAUAAUAGAUAUGUUGUUGCAUAUCUUGUAAUGGUUAUGUUGUAUCUUAUGGAUUAAGGGGAAAACUGUAAAAACUAAAAGCUAGAAUUAAACAUAGUAAAUACAUCAUAAUCUUCAGUAUUUCACAUUUGAAUUUUUUUUAAAUAACCUGCAAAAAUGUAGUAAUUAAAAUGAAAAGUAAUCAGAUGGUCAAUUGAUAAUUUCAUGGUGGUUAAUAAAUGCUCAUAAACCCCACCCGUCAUGCAAAAUCCUUCCCCAUCCCAACUAAACGAAUCGAACAAGUGAACAAUAAAUUUAUCGGUUUUUAAUGAAUAAAAGAUGUUUCUACACAAAUUAACUUCCACAUAACUCUCUAAAAUGUCUUAUUAAGUGUAUUAUUCUAAUUGUAAUCAUAAGUCCAGACUUGUUCAGACAAGUUACUAAUGUUUUAGCAUAAGUUGAGUUGAUUGUUAUUCUGGAUGCCAACUUAUUGGUCCAAAGGUUAAGCUCUCGUUGCGAGGCUGUGAAGGUCCUAUGUUCGAUUUUCGGUAGGAUCGCAUAUACAUUGCUUAGAAGUAAGACAUUUUACGGUGCUUCCUGGUCUUAAACUGUUGUUUAAAUAAGGUCAGUUUGUGAUAUUAAAAUUAGUGAUUCCUGCUAAUCACUCUAAAUUAGAUUAUAUCGUAUAACCUUUCCAACCAUGUGUUCUCACCCUUAAAAUCCUUGUAGAUCGAUUUAGUUAGUGGUCUUACUACAUUACCAUCAAAUCCUGUAAUCGUCGUAAACUUUUGUAUUCCACAAUUCGUUGUAUCUGGGUUGAAAAUUGCUAGAGUUGACAUUUAUGGAGAGGUAUGUUUUAUCCUAUUUUAUCUGAAAUAUUACAGUAAAGGCCUUUACUAGCUCUUAAGAUGACCGGCAUAUAAUUGCACUUAAAUCAUUUAUUAGUACUUAUUUACGUCUCACAUUAGUAAUCAAAUCCAAUUUUCUUUUUGAUUGCGUGUGAACAGAUAAUCAGUUAAAAUAGUUUCUCACAGAUACUUGUUUUUUGUGUGUAUAUGGCCGACUGCCGUAUAAUUUAAUGUGAGUAUUCGAACUACUUACAAGUAGUUAUUUUUUAGUUCUAAAAGAUAUACUGUGCCACUGUUAUAUCCGAAGAAUAAAUGAACGGUAACGGCUUGGAGUUACGUGUGGACCAUUAUUACAUAUAUUCUUAUUGUGUAAUUACUAAGCAACUACAUUAUAUAUAUAUAUAUAUAUAUAUUCCUCUUAUUAUGAGCUUUCAUUUGACCUAUUGGCUGCUGUUAUACGACUUCUUAACUUAUUCCCAAUUUGUCAGUUACAGUAUCUCUCAUUCACGACCACUUCUGACCUGAUCUUGUAUAAUUAUUAUUUUUCAGUUAAUAGUGUGGUGCGAACUGGUGUGCUUAUAUAUAAACCAAACAUGUCUGAAAUAUACGAUUCAUAUAGCGGAGGUUGAUAUUUGUGUUCUGAACUGGACGGGCUGGGUAGGCGAGAAGUUGCUAUACAGAGGACCAAUAAAGACUCAGAGUUGACUCAUGGUUCUGGUUCACGCAUCGUUGGUUUAACACGGGGAUAAGAUCAUAUGAUUCACGUGCUGAUUGACAGAGUCACAGGACAUAACCCCCUAUUUUCUAUAUUAUUUACCCAGUUGUGCUCUAGUUGGAUAUCCCGCUUUUUUAACUUAAAAGGGCUUUGUAAUUGGGGGUGAUCUACUAAAACCAAAGUUAAGAAUCUUUUUUAUCACAAAUGCAUCCAUGCAAGUUAAUGGCUUGUUAGUUAUUUGAUAUUUGAAUAAUUUAUUAUCCAGUAAACCGAUGUAUAUAUAUCAAGGCUUAAUUUCGUUCAUUUGUGGUAAAAUGAAUUAACUGAAAUAACAGAGAACGUUGAUUUGAAAUUAAUUUGUUUGUUCUUGCGGGCUAUGUUGGAUUUCUUGGGUCGUUUUUUCUUUUCGCUAUCUCAUCUUUGUAUCAAGUGACUAACUUCAGUGUGAUUGUUAAUUUUCUUAUAAAUAUGUAUUAAGUGACCCAUAAUUCUCUAUUAAAUAUUAUUUUUAUUUGUGUUCCUAUCUAUUUUCUCCUUUUAGAAAUAUAAACCAUUUAAAGGAGUCAAAUACGCAACGAAAGCUGGUCAAUUUGAGGUGCGAACGUGAGAAUAGUCAACUUAUCUAGUAAAAUAGCACUGUCAAAUGAAUUCUUUUCUGUUUUAGCAUUUACACCUUACUACCCAUCGUUGUUAUCUUGUUUCUUGUUGUUAUGGAAUUUGUUUCAUUGAUUUGCUUCAAUCCUUCAAUAUUAGUACUUUGUGAUAAUUUUUUUUCUUGUGAGAAAAAUAAUUACUUUAUUUAAAGUCUUCUGACAAUUAAUUUGUUAUGUCUUUGUUGAAUUAAAAGUUAUUCCACAACAAUCUGUCAAUACUGUGAUUAAUGUACACUUAUGACUUGUGGUUAUUCACGAAACAAUAACACAUUGCUUUUUGGUUAUUUUUGUGAUAAAUAUUCUUUUCUAUUCAUAGUCAGUCAACUAGUAUGUUUGUUUUCGGAAGUGUCUUAAAAUACAUUUUUAUUGUUCAUUUUCUAACGAGUAUGAUGUUUCAAAAGUGUCGACUUCAGCUAUCUGUAACGCAAGUGAAAUUUCUAUCUGAUUAUCUAGUAAAGAGCGAGUACAGCUCUCAGCACUUCUGUUUAUUACUUGUGCUCCUAUUAAAAAGUGAAAUAUGUGUGUAGCUUGCUGAUGCGUAGAUACGAAACACAACGCGCAUAUAAAACUAAUCAGUGAAGAGUGAUAUUGUUGAGAAUAGAACACUAAAUAAAUACAGUAGGGAACUGAGUUUUUUAUGUUGCGUACAGUAUAGUCUUUCAAGUAGAACUCAACUAUCCUAUUGGUUCUGUCAAUUUUACCUGUUAACUAAAUGCAAGUUUGUUAUUUUAAUCUAGACAUUCUUGAUUACUUUAAACAUGAUAAUGUAUUGGUCCAUGUUUUUAAUUUGUCAAACUGGAUUUUUUGUCGAUUGUUUGAACUCCACAGGAAACAUCGGGUUCCUCAAGAUUAUAUGUACACCUUACUUAGGAGUUUUAACUAGCAUGUGUUUAUGUUAUUAGCUAAAUGAUAUCAUACUCUAAAAAUAUUAUUUCUUCUAAUGACUAUAUUUUGUUUUGUUAAUUUUACUAUCCAAAUAAAUCAUAUAUUUUUGGAAUAUUCAUUAAUUCGGCAAUAUGUUACGCAAUCCAAACUUUUAUCAUAAUUUUUCCCCACCUCAUCAGAUGGACAUGCGCCUGAAAGAAAUUUUAGUUAGAUAAAAGUAAAUCCAAAGUGAAAAUACUUUUUAUUUAGUGUUCUUUCUUAAUGGAUCGGUCGUUUUAAUUAAAGCUUAUUUUACUUGGUUAAUAUAUUACAUAGAAACCGUAACUUUUAUUCUGUUUCGUGGGCUUUAUUUUAACAGUUGAUCUUUAACUGCUGGUUGGGAAGCAGAUGCGAAUUGCGCUCCACCUAUUUCGGGUUGUAUCACUAGAUUUUAGGUAUGAAGUGUAGCUCAAAGCUGGUUACAAGAAACAAAAAUUUGUCAUUGAGUUACACUCGAAUUUAAAUACCCAUUUAACUAGUACCAAAUAUAUUUCUAUGAUAUCCCAAUAAGUGCUCACCGAGUUAUCACAAAGAUGUAUUUAUUAUUAACUUUCUACCCAAUGCUUAAUUUAUUUGAAACUAUCAAGUCCAACGUUGGCAGUGUGAUACCCACAAACCUGUUUAACUGAAACAAUAACUUAGUCAAUUAAUUCUCUAGUAUAGUAUGGUAUGUUAUCUGAAAAUUAUAAAAUGAAGUUUUCAUUUUUUUUUCAAAGUAAUUAAAAUAUUUUGUCGAUUAAGUUUUCCAAAUUUACAAUCACUUCUUUUCAGUGUAAUUUAUUAGAUGAUUUCAGUAAGUACAAACUUAACUAAUUACUACUAUUUAGUGGUUUUUCGAUGAAUUCACAUUUUUCAUUUGAGUAAAAUGGAAGAAAUGAUUUAUCUUGGAGUUAUCAUUACCAAAACAUUUCGAUUAAUUUAUCCUUUUAUCAACUGUAUUGAAACUACUUCACAUAAAACGAUCUUUAAAGCUUUACAUAUUAGCUGACGUACAUAAAGUGUUGAAUAGACUUGACUAAGUUAACAAUGAAUUUUGAUUCAACAAUAAAAAGUAUUAUGAUAGUACGAACUGUUGUUUUCCUCCCAUACUACUGAUAAUAAUGAUUGCUAAUUGAGAUGAUUAAACUAACAAAAUGAAGUUUGAUGAUCAGUCGAUUAAACCGAGCGUCGAAUUUCUGUAUCUAAUUUACACAGUAAUCAAUUUUAAUACUUGGUAGUUGCGAUUGUCUUGAUAUUUUGUUAAUCGCUGGUUUACGUAUAAUGUAGUUUAUUUCAGGCUUUUUUUGUGAUUCUAUAAAAAGAACGAUUAACUAUAAGUUUAUGUGUUCCAAAUUUAUCAUGAGAACUACUUUGCAGGUUUUUGUGAUGACAGAGAAGAUUUAUAGCUCAGCUGGAUGAUUUUGAUGGAUUUUUGUUCUCUGAGCUGGAUGUUUUGGUCGUGGAGCUUUCAUCGUUCUUAUGAACGACAUCAUCAGCACAAACUUCAGAUAGGUUUUUGUUUUUGUUAUUUUCAUCUAAACAAUUAUGAAUCUUACAGCUUAUAGGUUUUUCUGUUUAAAAAAAAACAUUGUCAUAAUUCUAUUUUGCAUAAUUUUAGAUAUUUCAAUUGGUUUGUUAAAAAGGGUGCUUCGAUUGAUUCAUCUGUUCCCAUCAAAAUUCAUUCUUCAUAAUAGAUAUAUACUGUCAAUCGAUAAUUUGUGCAUUCGAACGGAUAUUUCUUUCAACAUAGGUAUAUUAUAGUCAUAAAAUAAUAUUGUAUGCAAAAAUCUACAUAACAAUGUCUGAAGUAUCUACGCAUUAAUGAGUAACCAUAGUAAAUUAUAAAUCAAUAGGUUUGUACGAAAAACUAGUUUCAUAAAAUGAAAUGUUACUUGUCGAUCGAGAAAUUUAUAGGUAGGUGGAAAGCGUUCAUGGUCAUAAAUUACAUUUAAUACAAGAAGGAAAGUGUAUAAAUAAAAGUAGUGAAGAACCACGUCAAAUUAUAAAAUAAAUUAGCAAAUAAUGUCAGAAUUUCACAUAGUGAAUAAAAAUUUAAGUCUAAUAGUCAGGUCUCGAGUUGGUAGGCUGGUGAAUGAUUCCGAAAAUCCGAAUCUCGCAUUCAUGUACUCUUUUAAAUGGAUCUUAAUCAGAUCUAUUAUUUUCGUUAAGUUUUCUGUUUAUUGAAUAUUCUUAUCGUUGAUAUUAUAAGCUAUAGUUGACCAGUCUGUACUGGAAUAUGUGAAUCCUCGGCACGUUAUCAUGAUAAUUCCUUUAUUUACAAAUUUUUAAUAUACUUAGGUCCCGAUUUCAAUGCGAACAUCAACAUUACGGACUAGGGACAUCCAGCUAACUAGUCACAAAUCGGAUGGGGUGUGCAUUCUGUGUUCCAGUGCUAGUCACAAUCCACAUGUAAUAAAAAUAUUUGCUUAUUAUUGUGUAAUUUCCACUAAGUGACACAACUUUCUUUGCUAGUUAGCCUAGUCUUUUCGAUAGCUAUCCAUCCUGAAGCUUUACAUUAUUAGUUCAAUUUACAGUGAACAGUUGUCAUUUAGCUAUAUUAAUGCACGUGACUGAUCACACAAUACAUGCAACUCUUCAUUAUAACAAAAGUAGGGUUGAACACGUGAAUGUAUAUACGAAAUUUCAUUUGAAUUGUUACAUAACUGAGGUAAUCGAAACCAAAUGUACUCAAAUGAACAGCGUUUUCUUAGUAUCUUUGAGAAAAUAAUUGCAAAAUACUCUGAAUUAUAAGGAAUCGUAGUAUGAUUAUUGUUAAGUUAAUCUGUAUUGCUACUGCUUCAUUAUUCGACUUUCGGAUCGUAAAUUGAAACCUUAUUCACCAUUUACGACUUCAACUACCGUGCAUGUCUAAUAGUGCAUCGGUUCUCAAUUCUUUUCAUCCAAAUGAAUAAAAAAUUAUCUAUAUACAUAAGACUCUCUUUUUUGGAUAGCUUCAAAAUAAUUUAUCUUUAACUAUUCAGGAUUUCCACGUUUUAUUUUUAAUCUCCCAUCUUUUCAUGAAU